AUGGCUGAGAUGAUCAGAGCAUGCUUUAUCCCGAAUUAUCCCUCCAGCCAUCACCAGCGUUCAUCACUUGGUUCACUAUUCCCUCCGGCUAUAGUGAAAGUUUCAUAUAAAUUUCCUUCUUGGAAACUGUCCAACACUCCUCUCAAGCUGGUUGCAAGCUCUGUGCAGUCUCCCAAGACAAUGGCUUCCACUCAAUUCGGCAAUACACUGCCUUCCAAAGGUUGUUCUUUAGAAAUUCCGAGCUACAUGGGUAGAUCCUAUUAGUUGACGCUUAUUUGUUCAUUCCUCAAGUGUAGAUGUCCUUGAGAUCUGGCGCAGUGCCGAUGCAGUAUGCUUUGAUGUGGAUAGCACUGUGUGCUUGGACGAGGGCAUUGAUGAACUAGCAGAUUUCUGUGGAGCUGGGGAAGCUGUGGCCGAGUGGACAGCAAGGUUAAUGUGUAUUCGUUUUACCCAGAAAGGUGGAAAUCAGUAACCAAAGGCUUAAUCAACAAGGGUUGACUUUUUUGUUGUUGUCAGGGCCAUGACUGGAUCUGUUCCAUUUGAGGAGGCUCUUGCUGCAAGGCUCUCUAUAUUUAACCCAUCAUUGUCCCAGUUGCAUAAUUUUCUUGAGAAGCGACCUCCCAGGUAUCGAUGCUUCCUACUACUUGGUUUGUAGAUGGUUUUAGAAGCUGUCACAGGUCAACCAUAGCAGAAUGCGUCGUGAGAUCGAGCCUCAUAGAUACAAAACUGCUCGUCCUCACCCGAUCAUGGGCCUCUAUGCAUUAAAAAAUGGGUAUUUUCUGUUAGCUGGAAGAAGCUCAGGUAGAAUUAAGACUUUAGGAGGUGACCUACAGGAGGAAUCUGCUGGACUUCAUAUAUUUCAUGCGGCAAUGCCUUGUGUUCUUCAGAAGUUAAUUAUAUAUUUGAUUGGUUUAGGUCCUUCACCAUGCAGGAUAUCUCCAGGAAUUCAGGGGUUGAUAGAGAAGCUCAGGAGCAAGAAGACUGAAGUCUAUCUGAUUUCUGGGGGCUUCAGGCAGAUGAUUGAGGUACACCACUGAGCUCAGCUUCAUUUUGUAUUUCUGGAACCCUUUUUCGGAAAAUUGCUCUUCCCAAAAUCUCUAUGCAUAGCCAAUGUAACUUCAUAUAUUAGUUGUUAUUUUAUUUAUAUGGAUUUAAUUCUUAGCAUUAAUGUUAUUUUUUUAUGUUUUUAUUAUUGUAAUUAUCUGUGUUAGCAUUAUUGUCAUUAAACUAUCAUUAUGAUUGUUAUUUGUCAAUGGGAUGAUUUCAAAGCCUGUGGCUGCCCAUCUUGGGAUUCCACGUGAGAACAUCUAUGCGAAUCGGCUGCUGUUUCGGAGCUCGGGAGAGUUCCUGGGGUUUGAUGCCGAGGAGCCCACUUCGAGGAGUGGGGGGAAGGCGACGGCCGUGCAGAAUCUAAGAGCGGUGAGUGCUGGUUGAGCCAUCUGUGUGACUUGCUUGUCGGGACUAGAAGUCGUGAGGGCCGCUCGAGUUUGGGAUGGUUUGACCCUUCAAACUGAUCGUAUUGGGGUUUUGCAGGUGCAUAAAUAUGGCACCUUGGUCAUGAUCGGUGAUGGGGCCACUGACCUUGAGGUAGAGUAGCUCUCUCUCUCUAUCCCCUUCUCUCUGUCUCUCUCUCUCUUCCCUUCUCUCUGUCUCUGUCUCUCUCUCUCUUCCCUUCUCUCUGUCUCUCUGUCUCUCUCUUCCCUUCUGUGUCUCUCUCUCCGCUUCUCUCUGUCUCUCUCUUCCCUUCUCUCUCUCUCUCUCUCUCUCUCUCUCUCUCUCUCUCUCUCUCUCUCUCUCUCUCUCUCUCUCUCUCUCUCUAUCUAUCUCUCUCUCUCUCUCUCUCUAUCUAUCUCUCCCCUUCUCUCUCUCUCUCUCUCUCUCUCUCUCCCCCCUACCCUUAGCAUUCCAUAUGCCAUCCAUGUUCUUGGGUCUGGUUCACCAACUCGAUCGUACCACAAACUUGGGUUUCUAGAUAAUAUUUACCAAAUUAGGGCUCCUGCCAGUAUAACUGAGACAGCUUUUCUGCGGUCAAUUCCAGGCCAAGCAACCCGGCGGUGCCGACCUGUUCAUCUGCUACGGUGGGGUUCAGCUUCGAGCAGCCGUCGCAGCUGCGGCUGACUGGUUGGUACUUGAUUUUGAGGACUUAUGUGCUGGUUUAGAGUAG